UCAAAACGAAACUAUUGCCCUUCACCUACGUUAUGAUAAUAAGUGUAACAUUUCAACAGUAAACACAUCAAUAUUCACUGUAAGGUACAAAAGAGAACAUUUUACAGUUAGAUCGAGCACAGUUAGAAUCCCAAGAACUAACAAUGAGUGUUGGAUCAGAUUACAAAUUCAGCGAGCCUUUUAAACUGACGGAUCAAAUGUAUGAUGACUAUCAUGAAAAUGGUUUCCUGAUUAUACGACAUAUGUUUGAUAAAGACGAAAUAGAUAAAAUUGAAAUAUGUGUCACUUCAGAGCAGUUUAUGGAGAACCGUUACUCGUUAGAAGACAAGGAAAAUAAGAUCGUUCGAGUUCAGUGGAAACAUCCAGGUAGUGACAUCACUGGUAUUGCAGCAAGAUCAGAGAAAAUUGUUAACACUUGUGAGAAGUUAUUAAACGGCGAAGUUUAUCAUUAUCAUUCCAAAUUAAUCCUGAAGGAUCCCAAGGUCUCCGGUGCAAUAUAUUGGCAUCAAGAUUAUGGAUAUUGGUAUCAUUAUGGAAACCUUUUCCCUGAUAUGAUGACUGUUUGGGUGGCAGUAGAUCCAAGCACGAAAGAAAACGGUUGUUUAGAGGUUUUAGCCAGAUCUAAUAAAUGUGGACGUUUAGAUCAUCAUGUUUAUGAUGGACAAAAUCAAAUUGCCGACGAAUCUCGACUGCAAUCUAUCAAAGAAAGAUGCCCACACAUUUAUGCUGUGAUGGAAAGAGGAGAUGUUCUUUUUCUCCACUCGAAUACGUUGCAUUAUAGCAGUCCUAACAGAAGUAAGAUGAGAAGGCUUGGAUUCUUGAUGUGUUACAACAAGGCAACUAAUGACUCCGUCAUAAAGCAUCACCAUGCUCAGUACACGCCAAUAAAAAAAGUUCCAGAUUCAGCAAUGAAAGAAUGUUCAAACUUUACAGAUUUUUCGGGAAAAGAAUUCGAACAUCCCUCCACAAACACAACGAUGAUCGGAAGAAAGGACUUAUCACACUGAUGUUUACAUGCAUUACAUAGUUAUUGAAUCUCACAGAUAUAUAUCUAUAGUUUCCCGGACAUCAAUAUUAUAAUUAUAUUUAAUACUGGUUAGCUUUAUGCAUGUAAUUCUGAAAUAGAAGUCAAGUUUAUGUAGACCCAAAGUCAUUCACUCUGCAAGUUUUAGGUCACAAAGACUCAAAGUGAUACAUCUAUUAUGUGAAAGUGUGGCUGGAAUAAUAGUAAUGCAGUCUAUCACAAUUUCAUAUAAAUUUUGCCUGAUGUAUUGUAAGCUAUUUCUUCGUAUGAUUUCCUACCUAUCAAUAUAAAGCAACAAGAGUAUAACGCUGUUCAAAAGCCAUAGAUCGAUUGAGAGAAAACAAACCUGUUUUACGAACUUAAACCGAAGAAAACACAUCAACUACAAGAAGAAGACAAGGACCAACAGGAACAAUGCAUGAAGUGCAACAAAUAACAAACGCCAACAUACAUAGAAACGAACUAUUUGAUAACAAUGCCUGUUUAUGUACAGGUUAUUUGAAAGCCAUGGUUGGUUUAAUCUGAUUUUAUAACUGGCAAAACCCCCCUCUUACAUGGCAAUGAUUAAAGAUAUCGCUAAAAUGACAACACUUCAUAGCAGAAAUACAGUAAAAACAUAAUAUAAUUUCGACACAACAUGCAAACCGCAGAACAACAACGAACAUCUUUCACCAAUGACAUACAGCACAGGACAUAACAAACAAUUAUGCACUUAUGUACCGAAUAUGUAAUCUUGAACUUUAUAGAAAUAUUUUCACAAUAACAGUCCAAAAAAUUAUCAUUUUGGCUUCACACCUUUAGGGAUGAGAAUAAAUAUACAGUCAGUAAACGGAAAGCAGUAGAAACAUCAAAAGUCAUGAUACAACGUAGAGUCCGUAUAAAAUGCGGUAGCGCUUAAUUACAAUUAAUGAUGGAAUUCAGGCGUGUCGAAAAUGUACAAAUCGACUAUUAUGUAACCCGGGUUUGUUUUCUAUUAAUCUAUUGAUGACUUUUGAACAGUGGUAAACAUAAAGGGAACAGUAGUGUACCGAUGUUCAAAAGUAUAUACUACUUUUGCCUUUAUUUACAUCCAAAAUCAAAGACAUCAUCAGAAACUUAACAGAUCGGUAAAAUUUAGAUGGGCGGUAAAUAAAAUUUAUAACUAUUACGAACACCAGGCGUUACUUUCGAAAUUAUACAUCUGAUGCAAUAUAAUUGGUACCGUCAAUGUUAUUAUUAACAUAAAAGGGACAAAGAAACACUUGAAACAAAACAAAAAAUUUAUCUAACAAAAAUGAUAGUCUCUAUUUAAUCAAAACUAUUUUAAUCAGUUGAUCUUAACAAAUACUGAAGGUGUGUUCUUCUUAUUUUUUUGAGAUGUCUAAAGUUAGAAAUAUCUUAUAAGAAAUUUAUUUUAUAUUUAAGAUGCAUUUUACUUUUAUACAGCCUAUUGUAGAUAUUAUACCGGUAGUUGCAAUAAAGAUAUUUCAUGUUUUAUAAUAUACAGGACUAUAUAUUGAGACUUUUAAACAAUUGUCAUAACUGCAUUUGUGCAAAUAAAUAUUGUAAAUUUUGUUAAUUCCUCUGCUGAAGGACUGUUUGUACCCG